AUGGCGAGACAAAAGUGCCACAUGCGGUGGUGGCCAGCUGCAGUUUGGCUGCCACUGCUUCUCGCAGCAGCAGCUGGUCCUGCACGGGCAAAUGGGGGACUCGACAUAAAUACAAGCACUAGCAAAGCCCUGGUAGCACCAAGGAUACCAGGACCCAGUGAUGGCGGCAGUGACGGUGGCAGUGGCGACAACGUGGUCGAGCUCUUUCGCCGACUGGCAGCGCCGCUAGCCGCGGCUGCUGCCGAACCGAACAUCAUGGCCGCCGACGCCGACGAGCAGAUACAGCAGAUGCUGCAGGCGGCUGUAAAGAGGGACGAGAUGCGCAGAGCGCAGGGAGAAGCAGAAAGAGACCAUGCAGCACCCGCCAAUGCCGCACGCCAGCCGCGGCAAACACCACCACCGGCGCUGGCCCGCCGCCAGGACAACAGCGGUCAGAUCCAGGCUCUGAGUGCCCAGAUCCAGUCCAUCUCCCUCGUCGCGUCGUCCAUCAGCCAGGCCAGCCGCUCCGUCUCGCAGACGUCACAGCAGCUCGCCCAGCAAGUCACCCAGCUCUCGCAGUCCACCGACCGCCUCUCGCAAUCCAUCAACCAGCUGCAAAACUCGGUCCAGCAGGCCCAGCAGUCGGCCCAGUCUGCACAGGACGCGUCCCGGCAGGCCUCGCAGUCUGCCUCGCAGGCCGUCUCCAGUGCCAUUUCGAGCGCCGAGAGCAGCGCCAACGCCGCCAUCGCAUCCAACAUGGCCAGCCUUACCAGCAGCGCGUCGGCCAUCAUCGCUGCCGCCAGCGUCAGCGCGGCCAGCCUUGCCAAGGCGGCUGCGUCGCAGGUGCAGUCGGCGCAAGCGGACGCGACCAUUGCGCGCGCCGAUGCCGCCACGCAAGUGCAGCAAGCGCAAGGCACGGCCGUGUCGGUGACGCAGGCGGCCUUGGCCAUUGUCGGCGCCUUUGUCGGCUCAUCGCUGUUGACCAUUCUCGCCUUCUACCUCGUCUUGCGCUACAAGUCGAACCGGAAACGCCGCCGGACGCGCCUCAUUGCCACACGCGGUGAAAUUGGGUACCCCAAACAGCAGGGAGGCGACGGUGAUGGCGACGGCGGCAACCGGGGCACCUAUGGCUACCCAAUCGAUCUCAAAGACCCACCGCGGCCGUCUAUGACGGGCGCCAACGCAGAGGGCGACGGCUUCGACGAGAAGCGUCCUGAAGCAGCGUACAUACGAGGCAUGUUGGGCGGAAGCGCUGGUACGACCAACAAACCUGGCGCAGGUGCAGGUGCAGGUGCAACUGCUGGUGCUGAUGUCGGUGCUGGCUUUGGUUUUGGCGCCUUUGGAUCGGGCAGUGGCAGCAGUAUCAGCAUGGCCGGCGGCCUACCGCAAGGGCCAUUCGGACGGAAAGGCAGCGGUGGAGCAAACAACAACGGCAACAACAACAGCAUCAAUGGACGCUCGUCCUUCUCCCUCUUCCCAAAGACACCAACGGGCGAAACGGGGCCGGCCAACAACGCUGUGCCAGCGUCUCAACAAGAGCAGCCGCAGCAGCCGGUGGUCUCCCCGUCCAUCUACGCCACGGGCACCUCGACCAUGACCAACACACUAAACCGCUCCAACACCACCACAAACAACCCGACGCGCGCACAGCCGAGCCUACAGCAAUGGCUGCGGGAAGGCACCGUCAGUCCCUUUGCCACGCUGAAGCGGGACAGCCGAGAGGUGCGUGCUGCCGGCAACGGUAGCAGCGGCAGCACUGGCAACAAUGCUGCCGCCGGUCCAAUCGGCCUGGCCAGCACGGCGGGCGGUCCCCUCGAGCGGAAGCAGCAGCAGCUACGUGCUAUGAUGAAGCGGUCAAUGGGUGUCGGCGGUGUCAAUGCUGGCGGCGGCGGACGUGUGAUGCGGCCGGGCGGUUCGCUGCCUCUGCGAGACAACUGA